AUGAGAUCAAUUAUUCUGUUCGUUUUUUACACAUUUGCUGUACUUACUACAGUAUUCGCAUAUUCAAGCGAUAAUGUAGAUGAAUCUUGCGAUUGUCGCAAGUUAAAAGAAUGCGAUUCCGUGUUAUCAAAAUUGAUAAUAAGUCAUACAACAGAUGCUGUUAAACAUAAAGCAUUUACUGAAUAUCUUAACCUAAUCAACUGCGGAUACGUACGUUUUGAAUCGCUCGUUUGUUGUCCUGAAAAAAUUCCUAGUGAAGUUCUUGAAAUCGUGGACGAUACAAAAUACUGGACCGUAUUAGAAGAACAGAAGAGUAUAAAAAAAUUAAGGCUCGCUAUUGAAAAUGCCAAAUCUUCAUCUUUAAAUGAUGUUGAUCUAUUUCCUCAAUGCGGUUUAUAUUGGCGGCGAGAGGAUACUAACAGCAACGUUACAGACCUUGGAGAAUAUCCUUGGUUGGCAUUGUUGGAGUAUGAAACUUCUGAUCACAGCAAAAAAAUUUUGUGUGGAGGUGCACUCAUCAGUGAUCAGCACAUUCUCACAUCAGCUGAUUGUGUAACAACAAGAGGUAAUAUUCUAAGCAGCGUAAUUCUAGGCGAGUAUGAUACAGAUGCCAAUCCAGAUUGUAUGGACGAAGGUAACGGCCAUGAACCUUUAUGUGUGGAUUCUGUAAAGAAAUAUGACAUCGAGCUUGUGAUAAUUCACGAUAAAUACAACGAUGGAGUUCCUCAUCUGAAAAUACCAAUGUUUAAUGCUAAUUCAUCCAACGUUCAUUCUAAAACAAACAACAUUGCUCUCAUAAAGCUCAGAGAUAAGGUUCAAUUUACAACUUAUAUUCAACCAAUUUGUUUGCCACUGAGACAGCCAAAAUAUCAACGCUUCAAAGUUGCUGGUUGGGGAAGAUCACUUAUUCCAAAUACCAAGGGAUUCAAUAAAAAAUUAUUAUCGUAUCUGACUAGAUGCAAACCUAGCGAAUAUCAAAGGUUUGAAAUCCAACGUAUCUACGAUGAAAAUGAACAUAUUUGUGCUGCUGCUUCAACCAAUCGCGUUGAACAGUCUUGCAUCGUUGACAGUGGUGGUCCACUUAUGGGUUUCGAGACAAGUGAAAGCGGAAGAACAAGACUGACGGUUUUUGGCGUUUCAUACAUGGAUUUGAUUUGUGAAAAUAAUGGGCAGCCGCAAAAUUUACCCGGAAUUUUCACAAAUGUGUUUAAUUAUAAAGGCUGGAUAGUUGAAAAUAUGAAGUUAUGAAUAAAAUCAAUUCUAAGUAGUUUAAUUCAUAAUUUUUUAACAACUUAA